AUGGCCUCUUCCACCAACCCAAAAGCCUCGCCCACUGGCACCGCCAAAAUCUCCUCACUCGGCAGCUUCAUCGUCCCUACCCUCUACAUUGUCCGAGGGCUCGUUGGGGUGCAUACGCUAGUCGCCCCCAAUCUCGCCGCGAAGCUCAUGCUGCUCCCUCCCCCCAAUGGUGGCCUGCUGCCUCGGUUGUUUGGCGCCCGCGAGCUCGCCAUUGCCACGCUCACCUACGCCACCUUCCGCAAGCUCAUGUCGGGCGAAAAAUCGUCCAAGGACGACAUGCAGAGAGUCCUCCUCUGGGGCAAUUGCUUGACUGAUACCCUGGAUGUCCUCAGUUGCGUGGCGGUGGCACUGACAAGCCCGACGGAAUCCGUCGCCGUGUUCGGGGCGGGUGCUGCAUUCGCGGCUAUUGUUGGCUAUCUGGGUGCAAGUGGUCUCUAA